CAUCGACACAGUGACGGGUCACCUGUUCGGCUGGCCGGUGUCGUAUUUUCAAUAGUUGUGCGUUUAAGAAAAACAAAUGGACGUCGACGUAACGCCAGAUGUGGUUCGAGUACGUGCCGGCACAACGGCAAACAAACGCCGUAGCUGGCACGUUGCUCGCGUUGCGGCCGACAUUCAGCGCUCCCUAGCCGAACAAAGUCCUGCCAGACAACCAAGGUUCAGUUGGCACCCCAACGAUGAUUGCAGCUUGUCUUAUCAACAAGGCUCUGGUUGGGCCACAACGUCCGAUAGCGGCGGUAGAGACGAUCAGGUAGCGCAGCCGAGAGCUAGUUUCUCCAUUGCAUCGUGGGCUGAUCGUCCGGUCGCUAAAGAAAUGGACGCAAUGGUAGCCAAUUAUUCAUCGGCCGUGCAACGUGAAGACAAUAGUUCGGACGAUGAGGACAGUCCGAACGAUCGAGUGCAACCCGUUUUGAUAGUUCCGAUUGUAUUGUCCACGACAGAACCACCUGAUGUGCAAGUGCUCAAUAAUAACAAGCGAUCCACGUCUACUCUGUGUGACAACUAUAUAGAUGUCGUUGUCAAAGAAUUGCGAGAUGAACGCGAGAGUGUACAAAAGAAGACAUUUCAGAAAUGGGUCAAUUCUCAUCUGGUUCGCGUCGGAAAUCGCAUAGGGGAUCUUUAUACAGAUCUCCGUGAUGGAAAAAUGCUUUUAAAACUAUUGGAAGUUCUAUCCGGUGAACGUUUGCCGCGUCCAACCAAAGGCAAAAUGCGUAUCCAUUGUCUAGAGAACGUAGACAAAGCCCUGCAGUUCCUUCGAGAUCAGCGUGUCCAUUUGGAAAACAUGGGCUCGCACGAUAUCGUCGACGGCAGUUCUCGUUUGACCCUUGGUCUUAUCUGGACAAUCAUUCUUCGUUUCCAGAUUCAAGACAUUACGAUCGAAGAGACAGACAACCACGAGACACGUUCGGCCAAAGAUGCCCUACUAUUGUGGUGUCAAAUGAAAACGGCAGGUUACCACAACGUUAAUAUUCGAAACUUUACGACGUCGUGGCGCGACGGUUUGGCAUUCAACGCCAUUAUCCACAAACACUGCCCAGAGCUGGUUCAAUACGACAAACUGUCCAAAUCGAACGCCAUGUUCAACCUCAACAACGCCUUCAACGUGGCUGAGCAAAAACUCGGUCUGACCAAGCUGCUCGACGCCGAAGACAUUUACGUUGACCAGCCUGAUGAAAAAUCAAUCAUUACCUACGUCGUCACCUACUAUCAUUACUUUUCCAAAUUAAAGCAAGAAACCGUUCAAGGAAAACGUAUCGGCAAAGUAGUCGGACUCGCCAUGGAAAACGAUCGCAUGAUCACCGAAUACGAGACUUUGACGAGCGACUUGCUUCGCUGGAUCGAAUCAACAAUCCAAUCGUUGAGCGAACGCGAUUUUGCCAAUUCACUGGCCGGUGUCCAGCAGCAGCUGUUGCAAUUCAACAACUAUCGCACGCUGGAAAAGCCGCCCAAGUUUGUGGAAAAGGGCAACCUUGAAGUGUUGCUCUUCACUCUUCAGUCAAAGAUGAGGGCCAACAACCAGAAACCCUAUUUCCCCAAAGAAGGCAAGAUGAUCUCUGACAUUAACAAGGCCUGGGAACGUCUUGAGAAAUCGGAACACGAACGUGAGCUCACUCUCCGCGAGGAACUCAUUCGCCAAGAGAAGCUGGAACAAUUGGCUGCUCGUUUCGAUCGCAAGGCGGGCAUGAGAGAGACUUGGCUCAGCGAGAACCAGCGACUCGUUUCACAGGACAAUUUCGGAUUCGACUUGGCUGCCGUCGAAGCUGCCGCCAAGAAACACGAAGCUAUCGAGACGGACAUUCUUGCUUAUGAAGAGCGUGUUCAGGCCGUCGUAGCCGUUGCCCAGGAAUUGGAGGCAGAAAACUACCACGACAUCGAUCGCAUCAACGCCCGUAAAGACAACGUUCUCCGUCUGUGGCAGUAUCUCCUUGAACUGCUUAGAGCCCGUCGUAUGCGUUUAGAACUUUCCCUCCAACUGCAGCAAAACUUCCAGGAAAUGCUGUACAUCCUGGAUUCGAUGGAAGAGCUCAAAGUCCGUCUCCUUUCGGAAGAUUAUGGCAAACAUUUGAUGGGUGUCGAGGACUUGCUGCAAAAGCAUGCCCUAGUCGAAGCCGACAUCAAUGUUUUGGGAGAGCGUGUCAAGAUGGUUGUUCAACACUCUCAGCGAUUCUUGGAAACCGAAGCUACCGGUGGAUUCGGCCCGUGUGACCCCGCCAUUAUUGUCGAUCGCGUCCAGCAACUCGAGGAUGCUUAUGCCGAACUGGUCAAAUUGGCCGUCGAACGCCGUGCUCGCUUGGAAGAAAGCCGUAAACUUUGGCAGUUUUACUGGGACAUGGCAGAUGAAGAAAAUUGGAUCAAAGAAAAGGAACAGAUAUUGUCGACUGGAGAUAUUGGUCAUGAUUUGACUACUAUUCAUCUACUCAUCUCCAAACACAAGGCGCUCGAAGAAGAUAUUGCCAGUCAUGAGCCGGCCCUUUAUUCGGUAGUCAAUGUCGGCGAAGAACUUAUUCAACAGGAACAUUUCGGCUCGGAAAAGAUUCAAGAACGCAUCACAGAGAUGGUAGAUAUGUGGAAUCACCUAUGCGAAACGGCCGCCUACCGACGCAAGCGUUUGGAGGAAGCCGUCAGCUAUCACCAGUUUUUCACUGAUGCCGAUGAUGUUGACACCUGGAUGCUGGAUGUUUUGCGUCUGGUUUCCAGCGAAGAUGUCGGCCGUGACGAGGCCAACGUCCAGUCACUCCUCAAGAAGCACAAGGAUGUUACCGAGGAGCUUAAGAAUUAUGCAUCCACUAUUGAUGCCCUUAAGGAACAGUCUGAAGAACUCGGUGAACAGGAUCGUACCUCCGCCGAAGUCGUGGAACGUUUGGCCAGCAUUGAACGUCGCUAUAGGGAGCUGAUGGAAUUGGCUAAAUUGCGGAAACAACGUUUGCUAGAUGCCCUCUCGCUAUACAAACUGUUUUCUGAAGCUGACGGAGUCGAACAGUGGAUCGGCGAGAAGGAACGUAUGUUGGAAACGAUGGUACCAGCCAAGGACAUUGAAGACGUAGAGGUCAUGCGUCAUCGUUAUGAUGGCUUUGAUCGGGAGAUGAAUGCCAAUGCUUCCCGUGUGGCAGUCGUCAAUCAGCUUGCCCGCCAGUUACUCCAUGUUGAACACCCGAACUCGGAAGACAUCGUUGCCCGUCAAAAUCAACUUAACGCUCGCUGGGCCGAGCUUCGCGACCGAGCGGAAGCCAAGAGGGACGAACUUCAGUCUGCCCACGGUGUCCAGACUUUCCAUAUCGAAUGCCGUGAAACCAUCCUGUGGAUCGAGGACAAGAUUCGCAUUCUGCAAUCCACCGACAGUCUGGAGAUGGAUCUGACUGGCAUCAUGACGUUGCAACGUCGCUUGUCUGGCAUGGAACGUGACCUUGCCGCCAUCCAAGCCAAACUAGACUCGCUUGACAAGGAAGCCGAAAAGAUUGGCGUGGAGCAUCCAGAAGAAGAUGCGGUUAUCCACGAACGUCUGGGACAGAUCCGCUCCGUUUGGGAGAACUUGACUCAGAUGCUGAAGGAACGCGAUGCCAAGUUGGAGGAGGCCGGCGACCUGCACCGUUUCCUGCGUGACUUGGAUCACUUCCAAGCUUGGUUGACCAAGACCCAAACAGAUGUUGCCUCUGAAGACAUCCCUGCUUCUUUGGCGGAAGCCGAGAAGCUUUUGAGCCAGCACCAGGGCAUUCGUGAAGAGAUUGACAACUACACAGAUGACUAUUCGCGUAUGAUGGACUAUGGUGAGCGUAUCACAGCCGAAGAGACAGCAUCUGAUGACCCGCAGUACAUGUUUUUGCGCGAGAGACUCAAGGCCCUUCGCGAUGGCUGGGAGGAAUUGCACCAGAUGUGGGAGAACCGCCAGCAAUUGCUCUCGCAGUCUCUCAACCUCCAAAUGUUUUUGCGCGAUGCCAAGCAAGCAGAAGUUCUUCUGGCUCACCAGGAGCACGUCCUGUCCAAGGAUGAAAUGCCAGCCAAUUUGGAGCAAGCAGAAAAUGCCAUCAAGCGCCACGAAGCAUUCCUUACCACCAUGGACGCAAACGACGACAAGGUCAAUAACGUGAUCCAGUUCGCCCAGCGCUUGGAGGAUGAAGGCCAUUUCGCGGCCGACAAAGCCCAGCGUAAGGCCGAAAACAUUAGCGAACGCCGUGAGGCUAACCGCCAGCGUGCCGUCCAGCUUAUGGAGAAGCUUCGCGAUGCCCUUCAGCUUCAACAGUUCUUGCAAGACUGCGAAGAGCUUUCCGAAUGGAUCCAAGAGAAGAACAUCAUCGCCCAAGACGAGACCUAUCGUAGUGCCAAGACUGUCCACUCGAAAUGGACUCGCCAUCAGGCCUUCGAGGCUGAAAUUGCCUCUAACAAAGAUCGACUUUACCACAUCCAACAAUCUGGAGAGCAAUUAAUCAAUGAAAAACCAGAGAUCAUCUCCACUAUCGAACCACGCAUCCAGGAGUUGAGUCACCAGUUUGACGACCUAGAGAGGACGACACGCGAAAAGGGCGAACGCUUGUUCGACGCCAAUCGUCAAGUCCUCUACGAGCAAACCUGCGAUGACAUCGAUACCUGGAUGUCUGACCUGGAGAAACAGAUGGUGACUGGCGGCACUGGCGAAGAUUUGGCCUCCGUCAACAUCUUGAUGCAGAAGCAGCAGAUGAUUGAAACGCAGAUGGCAAUCAAGGCUCAGCAAGUGUCCGAGUUAGGCGCCCAGGCUGAAUAUUUGGAACGUAUGACGCCCGAAAAGGUGGAAGACAUUCAACAAAAGAAGGAAGCCGUCGAAAGAAGAUUCGACGAACUUAAAGCACCUCUAAUCAAGCGGCAACGCGACUUGGAAAAGAAGAAGGAAGCAUACCAGUUCCGACGAGAUGUCGAAGACGAGAAAUUGUGGAUCGCCGACAAAAUGCCGCUAGCCACUGCCAGCGACAAUGGCAACUCGCUCUUCAACGUCAACGUUUUGAAGAAGAAGAAUCAGUCAUUGAGAACAGAGAUCGACAACCAUGAACAGCGCAUUCACAUGGUUUGCAACAACGGACAAAAGUUGAUCGACGAGGAACACGCCGAUGCCCAAGAGUUCUCCACACUUAUCGAAGAAUUGCUCGACACUUGGCAGACUCUGAAAGAUGCCAUGGAUAGCCGACGAGCCAAACUUUUGGCUUCCGAACGCGCCCAGCAAUACUUCUUCGAUGCCAGUGAAGCCGAAUCCUGGAUGAGCGAACAAGAGCUCUACAUGAUGGUGGAAGACCGCGGCAAGGACGAAAUUUCCGCUCAGAACUUGAUGAAGAAACACCAGACUUUGGAGUUAGCCGUUGAGGAUUAUGCCGAGACUAUCCGGCAGCUAGGAGAGACAUCCACUCAGCUUAUUGCUGAAGGCCACCCCGACAGCGACCAAAUUGCCGUGCGGCAAGCUCAGGUCGACAAACUGUAUGCUGGCCUUCGCGAUUUGGCCCAGGAGCGUCGUGCCAAGCUGGAAGAAGCACUGCAGCUUUUCAUGCUCAGUCGCGAGGUCGAUGAUCUACGUCAAUGGAUUGCCGACCGUGAAGUCGUCGCCGGCUCUCACGAACUCGGUCAGGAUUACGAUCAUGUCACGCUCCUUUGGGAACGCUUCAAAGAAUUUGCCAGAGACACAGAGACGAUCGGCACUGAACGUGUGGCUGCUGUUAACGAGAUCGCCGAUCAGCUGAUGGGUGCACGCCAUUCCGACGCUGCUACUAUCGCUGAAUGGAAAGACGAUCUGAACGAAGCUUGGGCCGAUCUGCUCGAGUUGAUCGACACCAGAACACAAAUGUUGGCUGCCUCACGCGAGCUUCACAAGUUCUUCCACGACUGCAAGGACGUGCUGGGUCGCAUUGUCGAGAAACAGAACACCCUCUCCGACGAACUUGGAAGAGAUGCCGGUUCCGUCUCUGCUCUUCAGCGAAAACAUCAGAACUUUAUCCAGGAUCUUCAGACGUUACAAAGUCAAGUUCAGGGCGUCCAAGAAGAUUCACAACGACUACAAACGGCUUACGCCGGAGACAAGGCUCGCGAAAUCACAGGGCGCGAAGGCGAAGUUGUGAACGCCUGGCUCCAGCUGCAAGCUUUGUGCGAAGGCAGACGACAAAAAUUAGCCGACACUGGUGACCUUUUCCGUUUCUUCUCCAUGGUACGCACCCUCGUCCUGUGGAUCGAUGACCUCAUUCGCCAGAUGAACACGACCGAAAAACCACGUGACGUGAGUGGCGUGGAGCUCUUAAUGAACAAUCAUCAGAGUCUGAAGGCUGAAAUCGAUGCUAGAGGAGACAAUUUUUCAGCAUGUAUUGCUCUAGGCAAAGAACUCUUGUCUAGAGGACAUUACGCCACUAACGAGAUCAAAGAGAAACUGGUAACCCUCACCAACCAACGCAAUUCCAUGCUGCACCGAUGGGAGGAACGUUGGGAACACCUCCAGCUCAUUUUGGAAGUCUACCAAUUUGCCCGCGACGCUGCUGUUGCUGAAGGAUGGUUGAUGGCGCAAGAAUCCUACCUGAUGAGUCACGAAUUGGGACACACCAUUGAUGAGGUGGAAAAUUUGAUCAAGAAACACGAAGCGUUUGAGAAAUCUGCGGCCGCCCAAGAAGAACGUUUCGCUGCCCUCGAGAGAUUGACGACGAUGGAAUGCAUUUUGCAUGGUGAUCAUGUUGGUGGUGGUGAUGGUUCGGGUGCUUUGGUCGGCAACCAUCCUAGUUGGCAUCCAGGUUACUUUCAUCCUGUAGUGGGCCCUCCAUUCAGGAGUUUACUCCGCUCCAUUAGCGAUCAAACACCUAGUCCGGCUUGCAUUAAGGAACUGCUCGAGGAAUCGACGUUCCACCAUGAAGACGAUCCUUCCUUAAUCUCUAACAAUACUUCCGCCUCCUCGUCCCUCCAUUUAUCCCGCCUUUCCCACUCCUCCUGUGUUUCGGAUACGUCCUCAUCCUCGUCAUCCGACGCGUCGGCUUCGGGCGACAAGUUGAAGAAGCGUCGUAAAUACAGGAGAAAAAGGAGCAUCAAACGACAAAAGAUGGCGCUUAAAAACAGCCAAGAUGGAUCUUCCGGCAAGGCGGAAUCGCCUAGUGCCGCGUAUUGUGAAGAAUGGAUCUAUAGUACAUCCAAUCAGCAGGAGGUAAACAAACGACUUACCUUUGCCGGUCUGAGCGAAGCUGAGCAAAGUGAAUUUUGCGAUGAGCCGCCAGUCAGGAGGAACAGCCUCGACAGUGACGUUAAGAAGAGGCCGAAAAAGAAUACGAGUUGGUUGAACAUCUGGCAAAAUUUAUUGCGGAUUAGUUCCAAACCGACGAAAAAGGUUCAAGAACCAAUCGCUGUCGAAAUCAAUCCCGCCGGUGGCAGGAUCUCCAUCUUGCCUUCGAUUUCCGAAGGCGGGCCAUCCGAAACACAGUCUGCCCACUCCAUUCCCUCCAUCACCAAUUGUUCUGUAGCACCUUCCUCUGCUUCUGGUAGUCUAACUGCAUGUAUUGCACAAACUAACACUACUAGUCCAAAGUACGAGUUGAAAGAAUUGAAACGACGCCAAGAAGACGAUGAACGACAAAGGGCCGAAGAGUUGGCUGCCCAGCAAGCUGCUCUGGCUGCAAUUCAUUCUCCACCCGAAGGAACAAAUCAAGACCAAACCGACGGAGACACAUCGCCAUCUGAGCCUAUAUCUGGCAGUACCGAUAAGGAUCCGACGACAGAAGCCACCGAAGGAAGGGCUUCACCUAAAGCUGAACAAGCUAAGCCGGCCCCAGUGCAUGCCAAGGUUGAUGCAACCUCUUCGCCUUCCUAUUCCACUUCUCGACAGACCGUACCAGUGUCGCCUAGUAGCCCGGCAGAUCCAUCGACAACCGCAUCGUCGACCAGUCGUUCGGCCAGGCCGUCAGCAUCGUCGCGUACGCCCACCACCAUCACAACCACAACCAGUCCGCCAAAAGGCAAAGGAUCUCGAUCCCGUUCCAAGUCCCCAUUCCGCUCCUUCCGCUGGAAAAAGUCUUCGAAAAGCCAACUUCCCUCUGGCGGUGGAAGUGCUUCCGAUGACGAAGCAGGUUACGAUGAUGAAGAAGAGCGCCGCAGUUCAGUAGCUGGCGGAGACGACGUCUACGAGGGCACGGUCAACCGCAAACACGAAUGGGAGUCCACUACCAAGAAAGCUUCCAGUCGAUCUUGGGACAAAGUCUAUUUGACUUUGCGCCAAGGCGAUUUGGCUGUUUACAAAGAUCAAAAAUGCGCCAGAGCGACUCCUGACGUUUACUAUCGCAACGAAAGUCCAUUGGACAUUCGCACGGCCGCAGCUGAUGUGGCUGCUGACUAUACUAAGAAGAGACACGUCUUCCGUCUCAAGUUAGCAAAUGGUGGCGAAUAUCUAUUCCAAGCCAAGGAUGACGAAGAAAUGAACGGAUGGGUCAGCAAGCUCCAAGCUUCCACCACCGCCGCGGUCGAGAGCGCGGGAUCAUCACGUGCCCAAACGAUGCCUGCCCAGGCAACGAAAGAAGAGCCUAAGAAACGAAGCUUUUUCACGCUGAAGAAGAAAUAAUCAAGAACCAUCCGCAAAUAAUACCCCGA